AUGUCCCCAGAUGUAAUUGAUCUCAUUUCCUCUAGUCCUCCACGCUCCGCCAUCAGCACAGAGCCGCCGCGGCGAACUGUCUUCCCGUCCGUCUCCACGGGAUCCUCACGGCGACGAAGUUUGAAGCCAAGGGAUUCAACCCCAUCCCCAAGCCGAAGACUGCUAGGCCGGUGUCAGACCCAGCCUUCAUCUGUUCGUCCAUGUCAGACCGCACAAGGCUUUGAUGAAAUUGACGACUUUAACGACGACCUCGCCGACAGUGUCUUUGAUCUGCUCGAUGAUUGGCAAGCAAAACGCAGACGGACUCAUGAAGAGGAUGGUGAGGACACAUGUUUGAGAACAGCUGCGCCUAGCAUCUCCAAGUCCUCGCUACCUUUGAAGGUUCGAGAUGGUCGUUGUCGGAAUACAAAAGCAGCUCUAGAACCCAUCGAGCUUACAAGCCCCGCGGACUGGCCAUCACCGAGUGAGAAACCCGUCAAUAUCAGCCAACCAUUGUCGUCGCUGCCAUCCAUCACCGCAGACAAGACUGCAAAUCCAGCAACUGCAGGUCAGAUUGCACCCCUGGCAUCCGAUCCUUUUGCCAGCUCGCCUCUUCGCCCUGUCAAUAGGCGCAAGGCGGGUACCAGAGCUUCGUCCGUCGACAUCUUGUCCAGCUCAUCCCCACUGAGAACGACGUCAUAUCGGAUUCGAACCACUGGCGACAACAGAGGCAUGAAAUGCAAUCGAUCUAACUUGCCAGCCAAAAGUUCUGUUGACCUGACAGUCGAAUACAACAAUAUAACAAGGCGCGGUGCAGUUCCCGAUGGCCCAACACCCAAAGAGGCUGCCUGGCCCACGGUUUCAAAGGACCUAAUCAGCAUUGAUGGCUCCGACUCGCUAAGCGACAUUAGCGAUGAAUUACCAGCCAUCACGGACAUGGAUGUGUCCAAACGCCGCGCCAGAUCACCACUGCGACGUUCGCAGAGUGACUUAACGUCGGCCAGGCCCAAGACUUCCCAUGCACCCGCCGUGGCCAGGAAAGCAACAACGGCUCUUGCUCGGGAGGCGGAGAAGUCGAGAAAGCGUCGGGAGCGAGACGAAGCCAAAGCCAUCAAAGUUGCUGAAAAACAACGCAUUGCCGCCUUGACAGAAGUGAACAAGCUCCGCACAGACAAGAAAGUAUCUGCACCAGAAAUGAUUGUGGACUUACCGUCUGGCCUGGGCUUAGAGUUGCAGGUUCCGACCCAGGAAUUGCUACAAGGGCUUGGUGUGCAGUACUGCACAUGGAAUUGUCCUGAGCACAGGAUUGUUAAGUGGCGGAGAAAGGUGACAUGUAAAUUCAACAACGAUAUUUGCUUGUGGGAGCCCGUCCCUUUGCAUAUUGUGGACGAGGGCAUUGCCGUCUUGAUUCUUACGGCGGAAGAAUUUGUCGCAAUAGCGCGGGAGAACUCCUUGGCGGAUCAUGUCGCUGAUAUCAAGACCCGUUAUGGCGACCUGAAUUUUAUGUAUAUUCUUCAAGGACUAACUCUUUGGCUUCGUAAGAAUCGCAGCAAUCGAAACCGACAGUUUACUUCUAAUGUUCGAUCUGCAAAUGAGGUCGCGCUGUCGUCAUCGUCCCGUGCAAGAACAGAACACGUUUCGGAAGACCUUAUUGAAGAGGCAUUGCUGGGUCUUCAGGUGGAACAUGGCAGGCUCAUUCAUCAUACAGCUGUGGCGUCUGAGACAGCCAGAUGGAUAAUUAACUUUACGCAACAUGUGUCGACGAUUCCGUACAAGAAGCAGAGAGACCAGGCGACUUCUGCCGCUGGAUUUUGCAUGGACAGUGGUCAAGUACGGACAGGAGACAGUGCCCAAGACACAUACGUUCGGAUGCUACAAGAGAUUGUGCGGGUAACGGCCCCGAUUGCAUAUGGGAUUGCAACUGAAUUUGACAGCGUCACCAAACUUGUGGACGGCUUGGAACAAGGAGGCCCAACAAGACUAGAUGCUGUGAGGAAGAGCACAAACAAGGACGGCGCCGUUUCUGAUCGAACGAUUGGGCAGGCAAUAAGUCGAAGAAUGCACAAAGUGUUUACCGGAAGAGAUGAGGAAAGUACAAAUGUAUGA